AUGGCGUCUUCCAACGAGAAUUAUCCACCAGGGCCAUACGAGGCGGACAAACACAUAACACCUCCACCUAGGCCAAUUUCCCCGUCAACCGCAGAAUACCAACUCAACCAUAUGAUGAUACGUAUCAAGGAUCCAGAGAAGAGCAUGAAGUUCUACUGUGACUGUUUGGGCAUGCAUGUCAUCUUCAUCUUCAACGCCGGGCCGUUCACGAUCUACUAUCUCGGACCACGAGACGUUGGUAUGGCUAAUCUUCGAACGUCAAAGGGCUUACUGGAAUUAUAUCAUAUUCCCGCAGACUCGUCUACGCCUUAUACUUCUGGCAAUGACUACCCUGGUCCUGGAAUUGGGCUUGGUCACCUUGGGUUUACAGUUCCUGAUGUCGCUGAAGCAGUGGAAAGGGUUAAGAGCCACGGGUUCGAGGUCAUCAAACCGUUGGAUGAGGCGAAGGAAGAGCAGAUGGGUAUACCGGCAGAUGCUGUUGCCGGAAAGCAUGGAAAAGUGCCAGAUGGGUACAAGCAUCUCUUUAAACAAUUGGCUUUUGUGAAGGAUCCUGAUGGCUACUGGGUUGAAUUCAUACCACCAGCUUUCAGAGCCGAGUAG